GGAAAUACAGCCAACAGUUGGUUGCAAGUCAUUUCACCGAAGACUCUUUUGCAUGCCCUGUAUGCGUGAAUAAAUGCCAUUCAAUUCACGUUGACGGUCACCGAAAAACAUAUCGUUUCAAGAAAGUACCACGUAGGGUAGAAGAAUCAUUAUAUAAUAACGCAUUCAUCGCAAAUGAUGCCGAAGUUGCACAGCAUAUGAAAGCUGUUUACGACAUGAUGGGUAGCCAGGAUUAUAAAGAAGAUAAAAUGUGUGGCUCCUCCUACUGGCAAGCAGCCCGCUCCAAAGCCAAAACUGGUUUUGCAACUCUGGAUGAGACAGGACUUGUAGUAGCCGGCUGUCGCCAUGUUAUUGCUUUGAAAGCUGUAAACAUGUUUGCAGGAGAACAGUAUGGCUAUGCUCUGUAUCUGCACAAAGAGCUAAUGUCUAAUUUUAACAUCCAGUUUUUUUGGCAAGAUAUCAUGGGCAAAUAUUGGCCAUGGCUUGAGAAAGUCAGCACAAGAACGCCGGAAUUGUCACACCUGUUGUCCAUGUCCACAGCAUUAUCUGUUAUGCAUGCUAAAGCCCAUUCACUUGACUGUCAGAUUGUCUGGGAAGGCUUGUACCAGGAAAAAGCAGCUUUGUCAACUGGCGAGUCCAUGGAGCAGUUUUUCUCCUGUCUAGCUAAAUGCGGGUUAACUACCAAGAACAUGAAUGCAGCUGCUCGAAUAGAUUCGCUAACAGAACACACGGCGUUCUGGAACAGAAGAAAAAUUGAUAACUUGGCAUUUUCAUUAUCAAAGCAAUACAAAAAGAAACAAGAGGAGGGGGCAAAAAACCAUAAAGAAGGAGAAGACAUCUUGUCACCAUCUAGAGUACACAAACCAUCCCAAGAUGAGAAAGAAGAGGGAGCAAAAGCAAAUUCUGCAGACCAAUGCACCACUGAACUAGAUGCAUCUAACACCACUGAACUACCGUUACCAAAGAGGGAGUCUCAUUUGAGUUUCGCUUCAAACUGCAGAGAUAUGCUUCACAAGAUAAAGGGUCUCGCGUAUUUAAUUACAGAUGUUAAUGCAAUGUCAGCAUUGGAGGAUAAUUUGGAAACGAUACUUGAAGAGCUGACAGAAAGUGCAGACAAAGAAAAUGGAUUCUUAUUGGAGAGGAAGGAUGUGAGAAAUAAAGUGGGAAAAAAGCGAUCGCGACAACGUGCCAAAACGUCCCGAUUUUUGGCAAAAUUACCUGUUGAGCCAAAAAGACAACGGAAGCGAAGAUACGGAGAAGGAUAUGAAACCUGGUUAGCAUCAAGAACCCUGGAUGUAAAAGAAGAAGGAGGGAAAUUCUCAAAAAUAAGAAAAAUACAAAGCAGCAAAGGAUUGCCAGAUGGAAAAGUAGCAAGAGAUGAAUUACUUGAAACUGAUAUUCUCAUCCAAAAAUCAGAAGAGCAUCCUGUAGACAGCACAGCAAAUGCAUAUCAGCUCAUUGAAAGUAGCGAUGAAGAUGAUAAAAUCAAUGAAAAUUGGAUCUCUAUUAGUUCACUACAAUUAACCAAAGAAGACAAAGAAAUUAUGCAGUUCUCUGAUAUGUGGUUAAAUGACAGGAUCAUAAAUGCAGUACAGUUUAUUUUGAAGAAGCAGUUUCCACUCAUUGAAGGAUUCCAAGAUACACUUCUUCAAAAAAAGCAUCAAUUCAAAGUAAUGUCUGGGGAGUUUGUGCAGAUUAUCAAUAAAUCGGGAAACCAUUGGAUGACACUGUCUACCCUUGGGAUAAACCAUCAGGGCAGCAUCAAGAUUUUUGACAGCAUGAAUUCCAAAGUGCUGAAUCAAGAAAUCAAAGGCAUCAUUGCUUCUGUCAUAAUGACAAAAAAUCGAGUCAUCCAUGUCAAAGUGGAAAAUGUACAACAACAGCCAGAUUCCUAUAAUUGUGGUUUGUUUGCCAUCGCAUUUGCCACUCAUUUAUGCUUUCACCAAAACCCAAGGUGCCUUCAAUUUGAUGUUUCAAAAAUGAGAAAUCAUCUAUUCAAGUGUCUUGAAGCUAAAAGACUGGGGCCCUUCCCUUUGUCUGGCAUACACAAAAAUGAACACCUUGGCAGUCUCCAUGUAUUCAGAGUAUACUGCAUAUGCCGCAUGCCUAUUGACAAUGAAGACAUAAUGCAGACAUGUAACGUAUGCAGUGAAAAGUUCCACAGGUACUGUCAGCAAAAGAGCAAUGUCAUAAUGACUUGUGGUAUUGCAGUGAGUGCUGGAAACUUUUACAGCAGUGAGUGUUUUAAGGAUAUAGGUACUCAGGCUGGAUAA